AUGAGGUGUGGUCGCAAGGGCCAUAUCUCCAAAUUCUGCAACGACCCAUUUGCCAGGGCAGCCGAGGCUGAGCGCAUGGAGAGGCAGCAGGCAAUCAUGUCUGCAAGGGCGGCUCAAACUCAGAGGCACGUGGCGCGGCGAUCCGUCAUUCAUGCCACGCCACACGCCCCUGGCAAAGGCAUGACCACAGCAUGGGACGGGCUGGGUCGAUCCGUGCCACACACCCCUCCCGUCUUGAUUCUCAAAUCGCCACCCGCUGCUAGAGCUGCUGUCAAGGGAGCUGCUGCUGCGUCUUCUGGUCUUAGCUCCACUCCUGCUCUUCCUGCUUCUCGUUCUGUUGGUGCUGCUGGUGUUGCUGGUUCUGCCGGUGGUGGAGGUGUGGGUGCGACAGCAGUUGGCGAUAAGAGGAAGGUGGAGGAGUUGGAGGAUGUGGAGAGCGGUGGGCUGAGAGGGUUGCUGGCGUAUGGCUCUGAUGACAGUGAUGAGGAUGAUGCAAGGGAGGAUACAAGGGAGGAUGCAAAGGGGGAGGAGGAGCGAAGGGAUGUGGAGGAAGGAGGGGAGGAGGAGGAGAGAAGGGGGGUGGAGUGA